AUGCAAUUUGAAGUAUCCGUUGCACUGAAUUUUCUUAUUGCCUAUCUUUAUAAUAAAUUACCACGUCGUCGAGUAAAUAUGCUUGGCGAACAAAUGCUCGAACAUUUACGUAUCAAAUUUCAAGGUCACUGGUAUCCGGAAAGACCGACAAAAGGUUCAGCAUAUAGAUCGAUACGUAUCAGUAAAGAAAAAGUUGAUAAAGUUCUUGUUAAUGCUGCAAAUGAUGUUGGUUUGGAUUUACAAGAAAUACUUGAUACAUUACCAAAUGAUCUUACUAUUUGGAUUGAUCCAGGCGAAGUAUCAUAUCGUAUUGGUGAGAAAGGACCAGUUAAAAUUUUAUAUGAAGAUGAACGACGUUUACUUCGAAAAAAUACUAAUAAAGAUAGUCUUAACAGUGAAUCGUCAAGUGAUAGUGAAGAACGUGAAGGACCAUCAUCCCAUCAAGAUUCUGAUGUUCCUAUCCGUCCGUUUAAUCCCGAUGCACAAAUAUUUCAGCCAAUACCUGAUAAUUUUGAUACAAUAUCUCUUCUUUCAAAUUCUAUAAAUAGUCUUAUAAGUUUAUCACCAACAUCAUCAAAUAAUACAAAUUUAAAUUCAUCAAGUGGUUCAUCAUCAUCAGUUGUUGGUACAAAUACAACUGUAUCAUCAUGGACAUCAAAUGAACAUGCAUUAAUACCAACAUUAUCAUCACCAACAGUUACUAAUAAUUCAAAUACUGCUUUUUUAAAUAAAACAGUAUCAACACCUGUUUUUUCACCACAAACAUUUGCUCAAACGAAAUUUGGUUCAUUGAAAUCUAAACAUGCAGGACGACGAAAUCAAUCAAAAAUGUUACCAAGUGAAUUUUCUGCUUAUAUCAAACAAAAAGAACAAAUACAACAAUCAAGAAUAUUGCAAAUGCCAUUUGUUGAUAAUAAUAAUACAUUUAUUCCAUCGUCAUCAUCAGCUGUAAUUCGACCACCGAAUUAUAGAAAUUAUUAUAAUCCACAUGUAACACAUUCACAAUUUAAUUCAUCAAUAUUUAAUAAUGAUUCACCAUUAAGACCAAAUACAUUACCAUUAAUAAAUGGACAGUCAUCAAUUUACAUUGAACAACAAAUGACCAGUUCAACAUCUUAA